CGCCCCUUGUUGUUGCAGCAUGAGAAUAUUGCACCAGCUUUGAGUAAUGUGAAGUGCCAUAGUUUCAACAUGACAGAUUUACAGCUGAAUGUUCAUGAAGGAAUUGCUCCACCAGGGAGUGAUGUUGCCAUGGUGACAGGAGACUAUGACUACUACCACUAUGGCUGUGAUGGGGUUGAUGACCGAGGUUGGGGCUGCGGCUAUAGGACCCUCCAGACGCUGUGUUCGUGGGUUCACAGACAGCCGAUGGGGGCAGGAGGAGCGACGUCACAUCCUGUACCAUCAAUUACAGACAUCCAGAAGGCUCUAGUGGCCAUGGAGGACAAGGGCCAAGCGUUCCUGGGAUCUCGAGACUGGAUCGGCAGUGUCGAAGUGGCACUCUGUGUCGACUUCUUCUUCCAGGUAAGUGUACUGGUACUCUCUGCUCUCUGGAUUCUAGGAAACAGUAGGUCCUAGCAUCCAGUAUCCUGG